GAUUUCCCUAUCAAAAAUGUCUGAAGUUGAACUUUUGGAUUAUGAAGAGGAGGAGACUACCCAGGCGGACACUAAAGACACGAAAAGUCUGAAAGAGGUCAAGGGUAUGUACGUGUCUAUUCAUACAUCUGGGUUCCGUGAUCUUCUGCUGAAGCCUGAGUUGCUCCGAGCAAUCACGGACUGCGGAUUCGAACAUCCGAGUGAAGUUCAACACGAGUGUAUUCCGCAAGCAAUUUUGGGAAUGGAUGUGCUCUGUCAGGCAAAGUCAGGAAUGGGUAAAACAGCAGUUUUUGUGCUGGCAACUUUGCAACAAUUAGAGGUUACUGAAGGACAAGUUAGCGUGCUGGUUAUGUGUCACACCCGUGAACUCGCUUUUCAAAUCGCGAAGGAGUAUGAGCGAUUCUCUAAGUACAUGGCAGACAUCAAGGUGGCCGUUUUCUUCGGAGGUGUUCCCAUCACAAAGGACAAGGAAACUCUGAAGUCAAACUGUCCGUCGGUUGUGGUUGGAACUCCUGGGCGAACUCUGGCGCUUGUGAAGGAGAAGGCUCUAAACUUGAAGAACCUGAAGCAUUUCGUUCUCGACGAAUGCGACAAUAUGCUGGAGAAAUUGGAUAUGCGAAGAGAUGUGCAAGAGAUCUUCAAACAAACCGCGCAUCAAAAACAGGUGAUGAUGUUCUCCGCGACCUUGGACAACAGCGUCCGAGCAGUGUGCAAGAAAUUCAUGCAAGACCCUCUUGAGGUCUUUGUUGACGAUGACACGAAACUGACCCUGCACUGCUUGCAGCAGCACUAUAUCAAGCUGAAGGACAAUGAAAAAAACCGAAGGCUAAUCAGUCUCUUGGACGUACUUGACUUCAACCAGGUCGUCAUCUUCGUCAAGUCGGUCCCUCGAUGCGUAGCUCUGAACGAUCUUCUGAUCGAACAGAACUUCCCGUCGAUCGCCAUCCACCGAGGAAUGACUCAGGACCAACGUCUGAGUCACUACAAAGAGUUCAAGGAUUUCCAGAAGCGAAUCCUUGUCGCUACUAAUUUGUUCGGACGAGGAAUGGACAUCGAGCGAGUGAACAUCGUGUUCAACUACGACAUGCCGGAAGACAGCAACACUUACCUGCAUCGCGUUGCAAGAGCAGGAAGAUUCGGAACCAAAGGUCUGGCAGUGACCUUCGUCUCCAGCGAUGACGACGCACAGGUGUUGAACAAAGUGCAGGAGCGGUUCGACGUUCAGAUCGCAGAACUGCCAGAAGAGCUGGAUACUUCGACCUACAUGCCAGAGAACCAGGCAUCGAAGGAUUAGACUGGACGAGACGACUGUACCAUACGGAAAGUUGACUACAUGUCGUGACUCGACAACCUUCAAAGUUUGUUGUCUGGGCAGUUAAAUUUGCAUGAUACUGUCCGGCUGUUAUAUUGACGUGUCCAGUUCACCUAUUUAUGCUCUCGAUGUUUUAUAUCGUUCGUAUGGUACCGAUUUGUGUUUUAAUAGCGAACCCUGAAUUUUCUGUUUUUGAAUUGACUGUUUUCUUAUUUUA